AGAGGAGCAACAAGUGCCUUCUUUGUGCGCGGCAGACAAAGCUUGUCGAUUGCGGAAAGAUGGAGCGUGACUGUGUGUGGGUCUUUCUACUGCUGUUGCAAGUGUGUUUUGUAUAUUCGCCAUGCGAAGCAGGACAACGGGAAAUCAUGGACAAAACAUCUGAGGCGGUUGCAGUGUACACUCAAUGCAGCUCUGCCAACUGUAGCUGCCAUCUAAGGGUCCUUGAGCAAGACCUGGGUCCCUUUCAAAGAGGAAUUUCAAAGGAUCUCAUGGCUCGGACAGUUGAAAGAGGAGUGGGCACCCACUACCAGAUCAUAGAUCAUAAAUUGUACAGGGAACGCAACUGCAUGUUCCCAGCCAGGUGCAGUGGGGUGGAGCAUUUCCUAUUAGAGCUGAUUGACAGGUUACCUGAUGUAGAGAUGGUGGUAAAUGUCAGGGAUUAUCCUCAAGUUCCAAACUGGGUGCAGGCCAUCUUCCCAGUUUUCUCCUUCAGCAAGACCUCAGACUACCACGACAUCAUGUACCCAGCAUGGACGUUCUGGGAGGGUGGUCCUGCUGUGUGGCCCAUAUAUCCCACUGGACUAGGAAGAUGGGAUCUAAUGAGGGACCAUCUUAAAAAAUCUGCUGCUCAGUGGCCAUGGCACUACAAAGAGUCCAAAGGAUUUUUCAGAGGUUCCAGAACCAGUUCAGAGCGUGACCCUCUGGUCCUCCUUUCUAGAGCAAUGCCACAGCUGGUUGAUGCAGAAUAUACCAAGAACCAGGCCUGGAAGUCUGACAAGGACACUCUCGGGAGACCGCCAGCCAAAGAAAUCCCAUUAGUUGACCACUGCAAGUACAAAUUUUUAUUCAACUUCCGAGGCGUGGCGGCAAGUUUUCGCUUCAAACAUCUCUUCCUCUGCGGCUCGCUGGUAUUUCAUGUGGGCGAUGAAUGGCAAGAGUUCUUCUACCCACAGCUUAAACCCUGGGUCCACUACAUCCCCGUCAAGCAGGAUCUGUCUGAUGUCAGAGAACUAUUACAGUUUGUCAAAGACAACGACGACAUUGCAGAAGAGAUUGCCAUCAGAGGUAUGGAGUUCAUUGCGGAGCAUCUGCAGAUGCAAGAUAUUUCCUGCUACUGGGAGAGACUCCUCACUGAGUUUAGUCAUUUGCUCUCCUACCAACCCCAAAGACGCAACGACUACAGUCAGAUCUUGCCCAAGCACCGCAACACUGAGCUAUAAUAAAGACACUGCAGAAACAAGGGAGGGAAUUGCAGUGAAUGGAAACAACCGACCCAUCCACCCAUUUUCUACCACUUGUCCCUCUUGGGGUAGGAGUGGUAGUAAAGGGGGUGGGGGGCUGGAGCCUAUCCCAGCUGCACAAGGGUGGAAGGCAGCUGGGUACACCCUUUACAAGUCAUUGAAGGGCCGACACAGAUAGACAAGCAUCCACACUCACCACACUAGGCCAUUUUAGCAUUGCCACCAUUUAAUGUAAAUACAGCUGAAGUCAUAGUCAGGUCGGGCUUAUACCGCCACGGGUAAGAUGUACCCCCGUGCUACCUGCCGCAUUCGGGCAGAUGGGGCUCGUAAACCUGGUAAGGCAGCCCAUCUAGGAGAAGGAAAUCUCCAAUCUCAAAACCACCGCUGCCUUGCGGUCAACCCACUUGAGGGUAAGGCUAAGGGAGUAAACCCUGACAGAAAAUCAGGAGCCGGAGUCAUGAAGGCGGUUUGAUGUUGUAGCGUCAUUCCGGCAACUCCUGUGGCGUCGCUGGUGCCAAGUUGUAUCGACAUUCGUCGCUCCCUUGGAUCCACCAGCCAUGCGGAGAGGGGGGGGCUUGCUGCCUGGACAACAGCUUGCCCUCCAUAGUUCCAUGUCCAGGCCAUGUAGAUUCACUGGAGAGGUCACUCCAGCAGAUACCGGUUCUAAGCCCAUCUGAUUGGCGAAGGAAACAGGUGCCAGGGGCCAUCUCCGUCCUUGGGAUGGACCAUCCCAGUGAGACCCCCCACCCCUCUUUUCGAUCUACCCCAUCGUCUCCCGAGACAGAAGGAUGCCAACGACGACAGCUGAAGUACAUUAAUCUUUAGUUGUAAUAUUUUACAAUUGUUUGUAUUAGAUGCAGUGUUCUUGUUUGAAAUGGGAGCUUAAUGUUGAAUAUGUUUUAAUAUUCACAGUUGUGGGGGAACAAGUUUGUGUUUUAAUGGUUAGCAAAUGUGUUAAAGAUGAUUCAUAGAUAGUAAUGUGAGCAAAAAGCUAUGGUAAUGUCAUUGAUCAAACAACAGCAGGAGGUUUAGUUUCUUAGCUGUUUUGCCAAUAACGUAUGGCACGUUAAUACAUUCUUGAACUGUCAUCAGUAUUUGUAUGUUCAGUUACGUUAACUGCGAUUAAACCGUUGGUUUUAUGGCACUUUGAAUUCUUGGAAUGCAACACGGAUGUUUGCUACAGUGAUGAGUGUGUCCUCCACCACACGGGGGCACUGUGUUUUUAUGUCGCUGCUAUUGUUUAGAUUUUAGUCACGUCCCAUCCAUGAAACAUGCUUGGUGGUCAAGCGAGCUCUGUUCCCAAUAGGUACUAGGCUCCAUUUCGACUUUCUCGAUGAAGAAAUGCCCUAUACUUGUGUUGUUUUCGGCUGUACGAAUCGUGAAAAGGGUGUAUUCAGCGAGUCUAAAUAAAAUAAAAUAAAGCAAAUGUGAGAAAAACCCAA